AUGUUCAGCAAUCGCAAGUUCUCCAUCAACCGGCACACCGGUGUGCCCAAGCCGAGACGCUUCAGUGUCGGCGAGGUUGGUGGCAACGAGGUCCAGUCAAAGACUCACAGACAGUUCCGUAAUGCCCACGAAGGCCACCAACCCCACGCCGGUCUCGAUGCCAGCCGUGCCUCCACUGGUGUCGUUUGGUGUACUGAGCGUGCCUCCGAGUACGGUUUUCUCGAGGAGCCCGAUGCUUGGGCCAACUUGGGCCAGGGUGCCCCCGAAGUCGAGGAUGACAUUGCUGGCUGCUUUCCCCGUCCUACUACCAUCGAUAUCUCCAUGGCCGGUCGCGAGUAUGGUCCUACUGCCGGUAUCAGAGAACUCCGCGAGGCUGUUGCCAACCUCUACAACGUCAUGCACCGUGAGGGCAAGGACAGCAAGUACACCUGGGAGAACGUCGCGAUCGUCCCCGGUGGUCGCGCCGGUCUGAUUCGCAUCGCUGCCGUUCUUGGAAACUCUUACCUCUCUUUUUUCUUGCCCGAUUACACGGCGUACAACGAGAUGUUGUCUCUCUUCAAGAACUUCUCCGCCAUUCCUGUCCCUCUCGCCGAGGAGGACGGCUAUCACAUCCACCCCGACCGCAUCGCCGAGGAGAUCUCCCGUGGCUCCUCUGUCAUUCUGACCUCGAACCCCCGCAACCCCACCGGUCGUGUCGUUGCAAACCCUGAGCUGGCCGAGAUCCAGGACAUCUGCCGUGGCCGCGCCACCUUCGUCAGCGACGAGUUCUACUCUGGCUACAACUAUACGAGCAACUGUGACGGCAGUACCAUCUCUGCUGCCGAGAACGUUGAGGAUGUCGACGAGGACGAUGUUCUUAUCAUCGACGGCUUGACCAAGCGCUUCAGACUGCCCGGCUGGCGUGUUGCGUGGAUCCUUGGCCCCAAGGAAUACAUCAAGGCCAUUGGCUCUUGCGGUAGCUACCUCGACGGUGGUGCCAACCACCCCUUCCAGGAGGCUGCGAUCCCCAUGCUUGACCCUACUCUCGUCAAGACGGAGAUGAUCUCCCUGCAGAAGCACUUCCGGGACAAGCGUGACUACGUCGUUCGCAGACUCCGCGAAAUGGGAUUCAUCAUCAAAUACGUCCCUGACUCCACUUUCUACCUCUGGCUCAACCUUGAGGGUCUCCCUGAGGCCAUUGCCGACGGUCUCAACUUCUUCCAGGCCUGUCUUGAGGAGAAGGUCAUCGUCGUGCCUGGUAUCUUCUUCGACCUGAACCCCUCCAGACGUCGUGAUCUCUUCGACAGCCCCUGCCACCACUUCGUCCGUUUCUCCUACGGCCCCAAGAUGGAGACCCUGAAGAAGGGAUGCGACGGUAUCGAGCGUGUCGUCAACAAGUUCCGCAAGUCAUCCGACUAG